AAGCGAACUGUCAAAAUAGUGAAAAUCAACGCAACGGGAGCGCAGAGCAAAGGCCAAAAAAGUGUUAAAACGAAAAUCGUCGCACCGUCGAAAAGGUCGUCUUCGUGUUGUGUGGCUAUUCGCGCAGGAAAAAAUAGUGUUCCCGUCCUUUCCAGUGUAGGUGUGAUCACCAUAAGUGACGAAACGGAACAGUGAAAAUAGGCAAUCAAUCGUGAGCAGCAGCACAGUGGAAAAGUGAGUGGAAAAGUGUCGCGAUUUCCGAGAAGAAGUAGCCACAACCAGCCGACAGAAUGCCUCUUUUUGGCAAAUCGCAGAAAAGUCCGCAGGAGCUCGUGAAAGCACUGAAGGAAGCGGUCAACUCGCUGGAACGAGGCGACAAAAAGGCGGAAAAGGCACAAGAGGACGUCAGUAAAAAUCUGGUUCUUAUCAAAAAUAUGCUAUACGGAACGUCAGACGCAGAACCACAGACGGAAAUUGUGGUGUCCCAGUUAGCACAGGAAUUGUAUAACAGUAAUCUACUCUUGCUACUGAUACAGAACCUUAGUCGUAUCGAUUUUGAGGGCAAGAAAGACGUCGCACAGGUGUUCAACAAUGUACUCAGACGACAGAUCGGCACCCGGUCACCAACCGUGGAGUACAUCUGCACAAAGCCAGAAAUCCUGUUCACACUGAUGGCGGGCUACGAACACCAGGAGAUUGCACUGAACUGCGGAACGAUGCUGCGGGAGUGCGCACGGUACGAGGCGCUCGCCAAAAUCAUGCUCCACUCGGACGAGUUCUUCAACUUUUUCCGCUACGUGGAAGUGUCCACCUUCGACAUCGCGUCCGAUGCCUUCUCGACCUUCAAGGAGCUGCUGACGCGGCACAAAAUCCUGUGCGCCGAGUUCCUGGAGCAGAACUACGACAAAGUGUUCGACCACUACCAGCACCUGCUCAACUCGGAGAACUACGUGACGCGGAGGCAGAGCUUAAAGCUGCUCGGCGAGCUGCUGCUGGAUCGACACAACUUCACGGUAAUGACGAAAUACAUCUCCAACCCAGACAACCUGAAGCUAAUGAUGAAUAUGCUGAAAGAAAAAUCUCGGAAUAUUCAGUUUGAAGCAUUUCACGUGUUUAAGGUAUUUGUAGCGAAUCCGAACAAACCGAAACCGAUUCUCGACAUCCUGCUGCGGAAUCAGGAGAAGCUGGUAGACUUCCUAACGAAAUUCCACACGGACCGAUCCGAGGACGAACAGUUCAACGACGAAAAGGCGUACCUAAUCAAGCAGAUAAAGGAGCUGAAACCGGCUCCGGAUCAAUAGUAAUACGCGCGAUGCAAGCUAGAUGUCUUUGCAACCACACAAACGCGCGCGCACGCAUACAAACACACCCCAUUCGCCCACACUCCUGCCCCUUUCCUACUCGCAUCCCGCCUGUUGCCCCUGCCCCCGUGCACUAGUAUUUUGUAACAAAUCAUCGUAAUAACAAAGGUAAUAUCUAUAAAUACAAUUCAACCCGUAGCAUAUGAUAAAUUUAACUACUCUAGAAGUUAUAAACUAAAUUUUUGGGUCAACCGUUCAGUCCCCUAAGUACAGACAAAAAAACUCAAUAAAACCACAUACACGCAUGUAUAAGCAGAUAAUAAGCAAAACAAAACAAAUGCUAGUAAGUCGAAAGAAGUUAAAAGCUAGUGUUUAGGAUAAACAAAGCAAGAACCUUGCAUAACCUUAGUCCAACCACAGGAAAAAUAAUAAACAAAAAAUACCCUAAACAGCAACAGAGUAAUAUAUAUUUAUUAAGACUAAACGGACGUUCUCGCGGCUGCUAAAAUACCGAACCCUAUAUAUUAUAAAAACUGUAAUUCAAAUGCUGUAAAAAAAUGUAACGAAAUGAAGCUGCGCAGUUACUGUAUCUUUUUUUUAAUUGCACGUGUUUAGUUUCUGGAUGGAAGCAUCAAAACGUUAAUUGUGAGGAUUCUUAUAGAAUGGAUAUGCCAAGAAGCAGAACUAUAAUGCAAACUAUAAACUGUGUUUGAUCUAUGUUUCAUCUUUAUUUGUUUUGUUUUUGUGCGCCUUUUUGCUGUUGUGUAGAAAGUUUUGGUUACUCACUUGCCCCGCCGCAAGUGAGAGUUAGAUUAAAAGGUGGUAGAAAAGGCACCAGAGGAGAACAAACUGCUCUGAAGUAUGUUUUAGUUUUAUUGCUACUUUUAAGUAUGUGGUUCUAGCCUGUGCCCUGUUUAUUUUUUUCUGUUAUUAUCUGAAGUCAGAUGAUGUGUAUUGAAAAAUAUAAAAAUGUUUGAUUAUUUUAGCAGAAAAUAGGAUUUUCUAUUACACCAUAAGUUAUGAACGUUUCGGUGAUGUCGCCACGCCUCCAUUUAUGAUUUUACAACUAGCAUGCAUACACUCACACACAUACACAAUCUUCGUUAGACACCUCCAUACCUCAUUAGUUCCCUUUAGAGAGGUACGACGAACAAACGAACAUUCUACCCGCUAUUCACUAGUAAGAGAUCCAUCACAGCUCCCGAGCGAUUAGGUUUUAGACGUUCUAAAAGGGCUAUUAUAUACUAGGACUAGGAAAGCAAACGUUUUGUGUACUUUUUGAGACUUAAUAAAACUAGCAAGGUGACACGCGCUAGGGUCUUAAAGCUUUUCAAGACCGUAGUGCCGUUCAACCUACAGGAUUCCGUUCAAUUUAGGCACGACACACAUGCAAGUCACUGAAUAACAAUUAUGAAAACUGUUCCUAACAAACGAGAUGAAAUGGAUGUCUAUAGAAGUAGUAGCUCAACAACACAUACAAGUCACGCAAGGGGCAUGCGUUAUGCAAGGAAAAGUUGCACUCCCCCAAGAGCUGAACAUAAUGCAAUAUCAUGAAGUGAAUCGUUUCGUUAGAUGUAUACUGAGUAGCAAUUGUGGAUUGUGGAAUAAACGUUGUUCACUCGAUUACCUGCGUAAAGCCAAUCGUUUUCCCUUAGUUUCUUUUGUUGAUGGCAAAUAAUAUAUCUUUCGUUGGUGCACUUAUAUUACAAGCUUCAUAAAACAGAACUGGAAUUUUCUCGAGAAAGUAUGCAGCUCCCUCUACAAUCUUCCCACGCCUAUAGCAAAAAAUGUAUGUGUUGUUCACACGUAUACUGUACCCUCUAGCCAAGUCAAGUCAUGGAAUGGACGUAAACGUAACGAAUACGGUAAACAGAAGGAAAAUCAAGAAAAUUACAGCAAAUAAAUAGUAUUUAAGGUGACUACACUGUUGUGUCCCAAAACAUACACACAAACACACAUACACAGAAACAGCGAACGAGCGAAAAACAAGGAACUGAAAGCGAAAAGGCACGAAAUAAAGACACACAUACGAGUCUCAACGGA